AUUUUCUGAGCUAGGAUGCCAGUUCUUCAGCUGCUUCCUUUUGAGAAUUUCAAGUUGCACACAAUGACUUGGCAGAAGAGUCUGUGUUCCUACUGGCUGUUAACUGUAUGCAUCAUGUGGGUCCUGGCCAAGCCGCCCCCUGACAAGAAGGAUCGGGUCCACCACAGCCCAGAUCUCAGUGACCACCUCCACGACGACACCCAAGAUUUCCAGUAUGAUCAUGAAGCCUUCUUGGGCAAAGAAGAGGCCAAGACAUUCGACCAGCUGACUCCUGAAGAGAGCAAACAGCGCCUUGGGAAAAUCGUAGACCGAAUCGACAAGGAUGGGGAUGGCUUUGUGACGCAGCCUGAACUGAAGGAUUGGAUCAAGCACACUCAGAACCGCUAUAUUUAUGAGAAUGUGAACAAGAACUGGAAGGACUAUGACAAGGAUAGCGAUGGCCGUAUCACCUGGACGGAGUUCAAAAAUGUGACUUAUGGUCACUAUGAAGGAGAGGAGUUUGGUGACAUUGAAGACAAGGACUCCUACCGGAAAAUGUUAGCCCGGGAUGAGCGACGGUUCAAGGCAGCUGACAAAGAUGGGGACAUGAGUGCUACAAGAGAGGAGUUCACAGCCUUCCUCCACCCUGAAGAAUUUGACUAUAUGAAAGACAUUGUGGUGACGGAAACCAUGGAAGACAUAGAUAAGAAUGGAGAUGGUUUUGUAGAAGUGGAUGAAUAUCUUGGUGAUAUGUAUUCUCCUGAAAAGGGACAGCCAGAACCUAGCUGGGUGAUAACUGAACGUCAACAAUUCUUGGACCAUCGGGAUCUUAAUAAAGAUGGCAAAAUGGAUCGGGAGGAGAUUGGACACUGGAUCCUGCCACCAGACUAUGACCAUGCUGAGGUGGAAUCAAAGCAUCUUCUUGUCCACUCAGAUGUUGAUAAGGAUGAAAAAAUAACCAAAGAAGAGAUAUUGGACAAUUGGAACAUGUUUGUGGGGAGCCAGGCCACCAACUAUGGCGAAGAUUUGACAAAGGAGCAUGAUGAGCUGUGAUCAGAACAAAUGGGGGAAGUGCGUUGGAGCAUCCUCCUUCAAAUGGGGGUGGGGGAAGCACACUCCAGGAGGAAAUGGUUUCCUUAUUUAUUGGUGUGAGGGCCUGCUUAUGUUUUCUGACAAGUUAGGAUAGCUGGCAUACACCUGGGUGGUUUUCUAUAUGAUCCAUUCUUGCUCUUCCUAUCCCUUCUCUCCCCCAAACACUGUGAAGCUUUGCCAUACUUACAAAGAUAUCCCCACCUCCAGAAAUUAAGAAGAGGGAGAUUAAACAUCUCUCACCUACUACUUCCAACACAAUGUUCAAUCUAUUUCACAAGGGCUGGUCUGUAUUUUUGUGUUCACCCUGUUAUAUCUAUGGAUUUCAAGGCACCUGUUUAUUUCCUCCAGCGUUUUUCUGAUUGCUUCUCUAAGGAGCAAACUCCAUUGCCUUCAGAUUGCUGCCUUCCAUUUGGUACCAGAAUCCAUAUUUACCUUUCAGACACUAAUGUGGAACCUCAUAGGGGGCAAGCAGCUGAAGGGGACUGCUAGGAGCAGAAAUAAGACAAUAGGUUGGAAUUAUCUUCUCCAAGUGCUAUUUUCCCAUUGAUAUCAAAACUGUUAAGGGCUGCAUUUAUGCAAUAUGUAGAUAGGCCCAAUCCUUGGACAAAUGUUGUACCUGUAGUUCCUCUUUUUACCCUUCCU